ACCGUGUUAGUUUAGAUUGUUCCUGAUUCAGGUUGACAUAUUUGUUUGUUAAAAUAGUUUUAAAUGUCUUACUGUUAAUGCACGUUCAGUGUGUAUUGAAUAUCUGGCAACCAAUCCAAUAUGACGCGCAGUCUGUGCGAUACAGUUAUGGGGAGAGCCGAGAGGAUUUCAGUGUCGCGUUUCUUCUGCGCCUAGUAGAACGGUGAGCGAAUGGAAAGCGCGGCUCUUGGCGUUUUCUGGCUCAGAUCUGCUGCCUGAACAUCUGACCGUGUCUCUGCAGGCGGAUCUUCUGCUUUAGGCCCGAUGGAGCUGGGAACACGACGAGAGCCGCACGGAGAAGAUCCUGAUCUACGCCCGUCCUUCAGCAGGGAGUCCUGAAAAGCGGGUGUCAUCCUGAACCCUUCUCCUCCCCUUUCUCCGAAUACAACCCCACCCUGUCUGGCACAGGCCCAUCCCUGGCUCCUUCUCUGUCGGCAAAAUGAUCGGCAAACUGAAGCAAAACUUGCUGGUGGCCUGCUUGGUCAUCAGCUCUGUUACAGUGUUUUAUCUGGGUCGGCAUGCAAUGGAGUGCCACCAUCGUGAGGAGCGAAGCCAGCCACUGCUGGGCAGCUUGCAUGCUACGCUGCGCACUGGACAGAACAUCAGCGCCCCCUUUGUCUACAACAAGGACAUGCCACUCAUCUUCAUAGGAGGUGUGCCUCGCAGUGGAACCACACUCAUGAGGGCCAUGCUGGACGCACACCCAGAUGUUCGCUGCGGUGAAGAGACACGUGUCAUCCCCCGCAUUCUGGCUAUGAAGCAGAUGUGGAGCCGCUCGGGACGUGAGAAAAUGCGUCUGGACGAAGCUGGUGUUACAGAUGAGGUGCUAGACUCUGCCAUGCAGGCCUUCCUGCUGGAGAUCAUCGUGAAACAUGGUGAACCAGCCACUUACCUGUGCAACAAAGACCCAUUUGCCCUCAAGUCUCUUUCGUACUUGGCGAAGAUUUUCCCACGCGCCAAAUUUAUUCUUAUGAUUCGUGACGGCAGAGCCUCCGUCCACUCCAUGAUCUCUCGCAAAGUGACCAUCGCUGGCUUUGAUUUAAACAGCUACCGGGACUGCCUCACAAAGUGGAACCGGGCCAUAGAGACCAUGUACACUCAGUGUUUGGAGGCAGCAGACAAGUGCCUGCCUGUGCACUACGAGCAGCUCGUCUUGCAUCCGGAGAAAUGGAUGCGGACACUGCUGAAAUUCCUAAACAUUCCCUGGAAUGAAGCUGUUCUGCAUCACGAGGAGCUCAUUGGAAAAGCAGGAGGUGUAUCGCUCUCCAAGGUGGAGCGAUCCACGGAUCAGGUGAUCAAGCCGGUCAAUGUGGAGGCAUUGUCCAAGUGGGUGGGGAAAAUCCCGGUGGACGUACUGAGGGACAUGCCAGUCAUCGCACCUAUGCUCGCCAGACUAGGCUACGACCCCCAUGCUAACCCACCCAACUACGGUCGCCCUGACCCACGUGUUCUGGACAACACUAGAAGGGUAUUUAAAGGUGAAUUUCAGCUACCUGACUUUCUUAAAGAACAAUCACAGCUACAAAAGUCUUCAGAGAAGCCAAACUUGAGUUAGGAGAAGAGGAAAAGGAGGAGUCAUGACACAUGUACAAGACAAAGCAGGAACAGAUGCAGCAGGACCACGGUGUUCACGUAAACCCUACUGGGACCUCUGUGCUCUUUCACUCACACAUACCCUCAGACUGUUUCACCUGCAAAUAAAUAAACAUUCACCUUCACCCCCUACACACCCUCUCUGGCUCAUGGGCCUGGACCACUAUAUGGAGAACUUUUGGCCUUUGAUGUUGUACUGUAACAAUUGUGGCCUACGAAUGUCAUUGCUAUGUUGAAUUUCUUUCCAUUCUUUUUUUUGGAUUUUAUUUUUUUGGUCACAUGAUAAUCAUCUGACU